AUGGCCCAGUCAGGCCGAUUCCGCGUCAGAAUCCAUGCCGCCCAAGCUCCCCCCACCUCUCUCCAGGCUCUGAAGAGCCGUCCUACUCCAAAGCAGCACACUCAAAUGGAGGCCCAACAACCCCCUCCCCUCGCCGAUGGCGUCAUCACCCUCCGCCCACUCGUCCAUUCCGAUGUUCAACGCAUCUACGAGCGCAACGCCGACCCCAUAACGCUCGACCAGAUGCUCUACACCAUACCGUACACCAUGCCCAUGGCCGAAGAGUACGUCUCCGACGCCAUGUCGCCUACGUCCCCGGCCAUCCUGUGGGGGAUCACCUCGGACGCCGACGGCGGCUUGCUUGUCGGGUCUGUCGACUGGCGACCCGUCCCGGGCUCGGGCGGUCGGGAAGGCGGCCUGGGCUACGCCAUGCACCCAGAUUCUAGGGGGAAGGGACACCUCUCACGCGCGGUAUCCCUCGUCCUCGCGCUGCUGGACGCGAACGGCGUUCACCACAUCAGGUGGGAUGCGCGCGUGUAUAACUGGGGCAGUCUGCGGCUUGCCUGGCGGUUCGGCUUUCCGCCACCACUCCCAGUCCCGUAUGUGCAUGUGCAGAGGGGAAAGAUGAUCGAUGGCUGGGUGUCUACGCGGCAGCGAGGGGCAAAGACACGAUGGAGUGGGAUGAGUAUCGCGCUGCAAGUACCCCCGGAGAGGGGUUUGUGGGCGAGUCGGUAA